AUGGUUUUAUAUAAAGUUCAUUCUCAAGAACAUCGUGUUCGUUAUUUUGCUCGUCCAUGUUCAAGUGCAUUCCUAUUUCAAAUAGUUUGUAUUAUUUUUACAAUAUUACCACCAUUAUUUACUAGUUAUUUUACAAGUGGAUUUUAUUAUAAAGAAUUAAGCUAUAGUGAACAACCUAGUGUAUCAUUUAAUGGAAAAUAUGAGAUAUUUAUUGAUUCUUCUUCAACAUCUCUUUUUUCUUCAUCUGAUGCAUUUCUAAACGGAAAAUUAAUAUCAAGCUAUAGAUCAAGUACACUUCGAACAAGUAUUCCACGCGAUAUAGAUGGCGAUGGUCUUAUUGAUCAAUUUACAAUUACGUUAAAUAUAAUUUUAUUAGAAUCUAUAGCUAGUACAACUACUAAUCUUUGGCUUCAAUUUCAAUAUGCACUCAGUCGAUAUCCAUUACUUAACAUGGAAGCACUCGGUGUAAUUCUACUUAAAGCUCCAUCAUCAUUAAAGGAUAAUAGUACGGUAACUAUUUAUGGACAACUUCGUCUUCAACAACGACAACCAUUAUCAAGUAAUUCAGACUAUUCAUCUAUUCAAGGUUCAAUUAUUAAUUAUGGAACAUAUUCAACUGUACCAUCGUUUGAUGACAUUCUAAAUAAUUAUACAUCUCGUAAUUAUUAUACAACAUUUGAUCAACAAUAUGUUCAAUGGUCAUCAAUACCCUCGACACAACAACAAUUAACAAUUAAAAUUAUUGUUAACAAUGAUUUACAAUCAAUUCGUUAUAUACCAAAUUAUUGGAAAGAAUUUCGUUGGGCAUGGAUACAAUAUAUUACUGCUUUAAUACCAUUUUUUUACAUAAUUAAUAAAGUAAAAGAAUUUGUAUUUAGUAAUGGACUUGUACGAACUGUUGUUCAUAAAUCUUCUUAG